UGGGGCCAUUAAAGAAGACACACAAAAUAACGAGAUUUCUGAGAGGGAAAAUAUUAUUGGAAUAAUCACCGAAAGGGUAGCCUCCAUGGAUAUCGGCGUCAGCAUCCAGGAGUUCGGCAUCAGAGUCAAGCUCGACUCCAUCUUGUCCAACAUCAUAGAAGCUGCUGAGUCUGAUCUAGAUUGAGAGAACAAGACUGAAGCUUGCAGUAUCCUCAAUUCACUAACAACCCAUUUCAAAGGCCUAAAUUCUAAGGCGAAGCUACCUGAGUUGGAAGAGGGCUUAUCUGCGUUCACAGCUCUUGCUGUAGAAUUCUCAAGGUGGCAUUCUGUCAAUAUUGAUUUCGACAGUAAACAUACAAAGGCCUUUCUCGAAGCCAUCCAAGAAAUGGCUUUUGCUAGCCAUAACUACAUGUCUCUUAAAAUAGCUAGUAGAUGCAUAAGAGAGUACACAGUGACUCUCCUGGACACAAAAUCUUGGAAAAGAGCAAACAGGAUAUGAAAAAUAAACCUUCGCAAUCUUCAGAGCCAGUCUUCCCACCCUGACGCUGCCAGAAGAUAUGCGUGCAUUUACCAUUUCAGGGAAAUCCUCAUGAUCACGAAGAGCAGGAGGUUCCCUCUCUUCGAGUUCUGAAUGACAGAAAUAGCUCCUGUCUGAUUCCAGAACCUUAGUCAACUGAUCGUUGCAACUAGCUCUAAAAACACAUUUGGCUCUGACUCGAAGCCCCAGAAUAAGGCGGCUGAAGAACUCUGCAUGCUCAGCGACCUCAUAGUUGAUAACAUUGGCGACUUUGUAGAAGGGCUCAAGAACCACCACAAGGUCAUAGAUGUUGACGAAGAAGACGAUGAACAGAUCUCCGUAGUCCCUGCUUACACAGAGUUUGCUGAGUUUCUCCUGCAGAACAGCUUUAGUUCAGAUCACCACUGCAGGCACCAGUCUCAGAGAGUCCUCCGAGCGCUUGGACUCGAGUUCUUUGUGGCAAUCGCUCCAAGAUUGGACAACUCAAACCAAUCAGCUGGAAUUGGCCUGGACGGGAGCUCUGAAAUGGAGCCAGCCAGCUUGCCAGGCUGGAUCAUGAAACUUCUCAAUAAGUGCAACCUUGUGAUCAACAAGAAAAUGGAUGAGAGUCAAAUUGAAAUACUAAGAAUGCUCUCUUCUAAUGACCCUCAAGAAGCUGAUGAGCAUGAGUUCGAACAAAGAGAGCAAAUCAACACCAUUAGCCAUCUUACUGCACAACUCCAGGGAAUUAACUGGCUGGUCUGUGAUAUGAAAGUUGAUCUCCAUGACCUCGUCAACGAUGACCUCAUGUUCAACAUCUGUGAAGGAGUUCAAUAUUUGACACAGGUGGAGUCCCUGCAGAAGACUAUGGAAGAACAGGUUGUUGAUGAUAAGAUGGACAAGAUAAUUAUAAAAUGCCUCUAUUUCAAACAACUGUAUGGUCUCCUGACAGAAUGAAGCAAAGAUGCCAGACUAUAUGUAGACUUUGUCAGAAGAAUUGACAAAGAUGCUGGCUUCGACUCCUUUGCGCUGGCCAUACAGAUCCUCCUGAUUCCUCACUCAAUUGGACUUGACUUCACAAAUGACAACGAUGAGAAAUAUCUAGAGCAACUCAUUGCAAACUGAUGCGAAUAUAUCUCGGUAGUAACCAGAGACAGAAAAGUGAGGUUACUAAGAGGCAUCAAAACGGUCAAGGAUAAGCAUGACUAUGUGGACCUCACCUUGAUUGACCCAGAAGUUCCUGAAGAGUACUCAGCAAAGGUUCUGCUUCAACUAUGCCAGGGACAACUCAAAUUGGUACAAAUAGAACGACAUUGCCAGAAGCGACAAUUAUGGGACUUGUUGGUAAACCAUUGGGUGAAGCACUUAGUCGCCUGCACUGAAUUCUGGGUUGGGAAUGACUCAUCACCUGUGAUCAAUCUGAAAGGAAAGAUCCUACUCAGCUUCCUUUGCGAACUCAAAAUCCCUGGAGAGAAACUUGCACUUUGGCUCACAGACAAAAACUCAGGUUUCCAUCAAUGUGUUGACAGCCUUUGAAAGUACAUCCAUUCAAAUUUGGAAGAAGUUGAGUACCUUGUAGCCAAGACUAAUGAAAUGCCGUCGAUGCUCCCCCUCUGGGUGCCUAUCUUGAACACUCUAGUCAGGGACUCAGAACAUCCAAAAACAGUUCUGCUUCCAUUGAUCAACCGAAUACCUAUCGACUGGUGCAGCCCUGUAGAAGACAAUGACGCAAAAGCUGACCAACUACGGACAUACAGUGUCUUGGCUCAUUACUGCAGGAAGGAUGGACUUCUCGACCAGGAAGAAUAUCCUGAGUGCAGCAAUAUCUUGACACACUUCAUCAACCAAAUCAACGAAUACAGCCGAGACAGACACCCAGUGUUUGUAAAGUUCGAGUGCCUUAACUUGAUCGGAAUCCUGUACAACUUGAGAUCUCCAAUCAAGUCGCAUGCCUCUGCAAAGUCAGCUGGCGGAGGAAUCAUUGGAGAGAGCCUCAGGCCGACGAUCAACCGCAUUCUGAACCAGUAUUUCCCUUUGUGGUCUCACGAGAUCCGGCCAGACACCAGAGAGAAGAGGCAUUACGAGAUGAUCUUUGAUGGAAUGAUCAACCUUAUCACGUUCUCACAAAACCCUCAUGCGUUGAGUCUGUUGUUCCGAGUAAUCAAAGAAGAUCGUACACUCCUUGAACGCAAACUCGAGCAUGCAAUUCAUGUGAUCGUCAAGAAGGGAUUCAACAAGCUGCCGCUUGCCGAUUUCCUUGUCAGAACCUCAGCCUUGUUCAGGGAAUUCAUUGAUUUAGAAGAAGAUGAAGACGCCUCACCAAACCUUUCUGUCGAGAACAACCUCAAAUUCGGAGUUGCUCGGAGAUGCUUGCUGAAAAUAUUUAACACUUGUCCAUUUGAACACCUCACUCCGCUUGUAAAUGACCUCGCUCCGAAAAUGAUCAGAAGGCUCCAGAGUGACCUUGACACCAACAAUGUUGAGAAGCUCAUGUUCCAACUCAAAGAGAGAGGAUACAUUUUCAGAAUCUUCGAAAGCUGGACAACCCGAAUCAGCCAGUCCUCUGCUAAUGUCAGAGACUUCUACAACUCAAUCAAGGUUGGAGGCAAAGAGCUCACCAAAGCUUUGAUUAAGGCCUGCCACUAUGGAGAGCUCGUAAACAUUCCAAACCUUGCUGGUGAUAAGCUUCAGACAGAUGAACCAAAAUCAGAGUGGGGAGAUAUAGUGAAUUUCCACAUUUGGGGAUGCUGGAUGUGCAUAAACUCAGUCAUUUCUCACACUCAGAGUAAGGAGUCUGUGUUCACUCACUUCUUGUUCACCUCCAAACCUGAUCAGACGCCUAUCUGGAAUCUGUUAGUUCCAGAAACAAUAGAGUACACAUUCAGUGUUGAAACAGACUUCAAAGUCAAAGACUCCAGACUCGAGCAGCACUGGGAGCAAAACCAAGAUGAUGACAUCAUCAGACGCCUUAACGACAGCUUCUUUGUGAACGACAACAUUCUAAUGGCUGCACGAAUGACCUCAAGUUCGAAUGAAAAUCCUCAAAGUCUCAAAAGAAAGCAUGACAAAGUCAGAAAACUCUUUGACCAGACCGAAGGUAUGGAUGUAGAAGAUCCCCAAGAAUCUCCAGAUAGCCAGAAAUCUGAGUCUGAACAAGAUGAUCUCGAGCUCGACCCUCUGAACAGUCACCCUUGAAUGCAGCCCGUUCUGAAGACGAUUGACACGCUCAGCCAUAAUUUCAGCGAAACUUGGACGGAUGACGAGAUGCCAGGGUGGAUGGCUUGACUCCGUGCUGACUACCCCAGACUGAACCGCUCUGCCAAGCUAUUUGUGCUCAAACUGAUCAUAAACCGGCCUGAGGUGUUCGAGAGAUACAUGAAUGAGUGGUUCAAGCCCUUGGCAGAGUAUGCCCUUUCCAAAGAUAGUGAAGGAAAAGGGAUUUAACUAUUUCCUCAGAGAUAUCUGAACGUGCUUGGUCUACUUUACACAGAAUGUUGACAUCCACACAGAAGAGAACAGCAAGUACUGCAACCAGAUUAUAAACCAGCUCAUCAAGUAUGCUGCUGACAAGAGGCGGGUCAUUUUCGCCCACAACAUUUCGAUUAUUGGCAGUCUUCUCGAGAAAUGGAGGCCAGUUGUAGACUCCUUAGACGACAAAGUGCUUGCACAAAUGCUUAGCAUUAAGGAUCCGAAAGUCCCAAACAUUGACCUGUGGAAGAUGAGUGCACUCCAAGUCAUCGCUCUGUCGUCCAGACUGGGCAUCAAGACCACCCUGUGCGACAAGAUCAUUGAGCAGCUCCAGUACAGAAAGAGAGCCAUCGUCUUUGUUGCAGCAGAAGUCUUAGGAGUCGUUCUCUCUAAGCAGCAGGACCUUGUUGAUGAUGCCUGACGCAAGGUCUACACAAUGUUUCUGGGGGAAGCAAAGCAAGACGUGUUUGUGAGUGUUUCUCAACAGAUUUGUAAGUACCAACCAUUGUUCGGAACUCAGAGCAAGAUCUUGGAGAAGCUGAUUAGGUAUGUCAAGCCGUUCUCUUCUUCGUUCAGAGCAAGCAUACUAGACACUUUCACCUAUGUCAUAAGGCAGUGUUUGGCUUGGCAUGAUGAAAGACGAUCAAAGAUGAUCAAAGAGAUAUGAAUGUGCUUACUUUCAAACCACGAGGAUAUAAUCGCUGAUAAAGACGAUGAGUCCCAGCAAAGCUUCAUAGUUCUUUUGAAAGAACUUGUCACUGUCGACACAAAAGCAAAAGAGAGUCUGUUCAAAGUAAUCCUAGACUUCGACUCAAAUUACAAUAUCCACUCUGUCAUGAGAAACACCAGAAACAAUCUGACCCGGGGAAUUUACUAUGACCUAAUGAUUGCUCUUUACGAAGAUGGGCCUUACAAACUAAUAGCAUCAACUGCAUUAAUCAGAGGCCUUCAAGACCAGAACAAAGAUAUCAAAUAAGAAUUUGCUGCAUUUCUGGUCUGACACUAGCAGGCUCUCUUCCAAGCCCUCAGAGAGACUUCUUGAGAUGCUCAAAUUCAAAUCUGAUUUCAAUACGGACAAAUAUGGCUGCAAUGAGCAGACGUGGCUCCAAUGCACAGUCUGGCUCUUGCUUGACCUGAUAAGACUCACGAAAGAUACCCAAAAGACUUAUCGAGAGUCCCGAAGCAGAAGACGCCUUAAAGAGGCUUGACUUAGAAGAAUCCAAGCAAGACCCAAAAUCUUCAUUCCCUGGAGGGUCUUUGCGUGGCAGGAAGAUGGCCAACCAAAGCUUCAGUCAGACACUCGGAAUGUGUUCAAGCCUCCAAAAUUCCAGAUACUACAAGCCGUACCUAAAAGCUUCUUUGUUAGUGGCAACGCAAAGCCAGAAGAACGAGGACUCAGACCACAAAAGUCCCAUAGAUGCUUCCAAAGGAGUCGAAGGGGCAGGCUUGUCUCAACCUCUGACUCAGAAUAUGGACGCAAAUCAGGCGGGCCCUGUCUAGCCCCCCUCUCCAACAUUAGAAGAGGCAAGGGCAGUAAAGCUUCCAGAGACCUUGCCAAGUUCUUCCAAAGUAACGAAAUAUCUCGAAAUGUCAUUACGGUUGGCAGGAACGGGAGUGUGAGGUUUGGCCCUGAUGGAGUCUUCCGUGCCACCAGUGCUGCCAUCAAAGAAGUCAAGAAGAGACAGCAAGAGAAAGCUCAACUUGAAAGGAACAAUGCAAGGAAGAAAUUGAUGAAGAAACUCAGAGAGCGAUCAAGACCUCUUGAUUCACAAGUAAGGUCUCAAACUGACAGCCAGCCCAUCAUGCCUUUGCAAGAAGGCGAAGACAUUCUGCCUCCACUCCAAUGUCUGGUUCUCCUAGAUUGUGACCUUGCAAGCUCAUUGUUCUGUGAUCUAUUCGGAGUGAACUUUCCGAACAUAUUUGCAAAGAGCCAAGCGGCUCAUCAAGCACAUAUUGCCGAAGCUACCAUCAAAAUUUUGUCAGAAAGUGUCGCUUGUGACACUUCCGUAAUGUCAAGUGUUCUGUUGAUUCUCCUCAAAAUAUGCAAAGAAUACCCAGAUAUAGACGCCAAAGCUAUUGAAAGAGUUGGCACCAAAAGUCUCAACUUCGCAAAAGCAAUUUUGCUUCUCGAAGAGCUGAUUAUCUGUAAAGGUAAACAAGCAAAUGAUGAUCCAAGAAAAGCUGGCUCCAGUAAGCAAGAGGCCACCAAAGAAUGGAUAUCGCUUAAGAGGCUUCAUGAAGCAUCAGACUCCACUGGAAGCCAGAACCUCAUGCUUGAUGAUUCCUUGCUCAUCGAGGAAGACCCAGAAACUGGAGAAUUUAUUUUCAGCAGAAAGCUCAACAGUGAGAUUACGAACAAAGCCGAAGUUGAGCGGCUUAGCCAAAAAUACCUGAAACAGCUUGAAGAGUCCAAAGAAUUUGGGAUGUACACACAGGAACUUGCAGAUGAAAUCAAGUUCAGCUAUUAUGAAGGCAAAUCAGAGUUGUUGGAGUGGGAAGCCGUCUGUAAAGACCUCGAACCACAUCUUUCUAAAGACAACCUCGAUGCCUCUGUGGCCAAGACUCUCAUAGACUCCUGCAUAAGAGUUCCUGAAUACAGUGGCAAGCUGCAGGUUUCAGUUGAGAGGUGGCUCCAGGAUAAGCACACCAAGAACUACUUGGAGAGAGACCACAGCUAUCAGCUUGCCUUGCUGUGCAUACAGAGAGAAGACUACAUGAGAGGCUUUUACUACAUAAACAGGGACAUCAAGGCUCUGAGUUUUGGAGUUCCUUCUCACGCCCAGCACCACAUGAUUCAAAAGCUGACGAAGAACUUUGAAUGCAGGCAGUUCCUUGAGCUCAUCACCAAAGUUGGCCUCUGAGAUCAACACAAACUUGCCGCAGAGAUCUUAGCCAGUGUUCAAGGUUGGAUUCAGAGGCCUUACAGUCCGGUUUAUGACCCUCUAAGCUUUUUGGAUGAUGUUGUGACCAGCAGAAUUUGAUAUCUCGAUAGUUAUGAGCGCAAAAUUGGUGGGUUCAGCGACAAGCUAGCUUCGGACCCAGAACUCUCAGAAAUAAGGUCAAGAAUCUACCUCCAAGCAGCGAUUGGUGCUAGAGAUAUGGCUCUGUAUGACUCUUCAGAGAAGUACCUGAGCAAGGCAGUAAAAGCUUGUGAAGACCUUCAUUAUUGCACUCCUCUGAUUGUUGAUCUCAAAAUAAAGCAAUACAGGAAGAAAUAUCUUAACGAAGAUUACUACAAAAUCUCGAAAGACUGAGCAAAACUUGCUCAGGUCAUCAACAGGCAGAGGCCUGAUGACACCAACAGCGUCGAGUCCAGCAGAAAAGGCAUCCAGCAAAUGCUCAUGCUGGCUGACGUCUACCAGAUGGGAAUGGAACUCUUCAUCCAUAACGUCAAAGAAGGCUUUCUCAAUGAAGACCAAGACCUGAAAUACAAAGAAGCCAUGCUCAACACAUUAGAGACCUACAACAGCAUUCUCCAAGAGAAAGAGUUUCCCGUAGACAACCACUUGCUUACAGAAGCCAAUAUGAAGCUGGCCCUUCUAGCAGAUAGUCUCUUAUCCUCAGAACACCAGAUUGUAGCUGACACUAUAAAGAGCAACAAUAUUGACAACUGAUACCUUGCUUUGACCAUCGUGAAGUGAGGAUUUGCUGCACUGAAUAGAGAAGCUCCUUCAUCUUCCUCUUUAAUCCCUCGGAUACUCCAGGUUCUAAGCCUGUAUCCUAAGCACUGCAAGGAUGAGUUCAAAGAAGGAUCAAAGAAUACCCCUAGUUGGAAGUUCCUCGGAUGGAAGAGCCAGAUCCUUGCUUUGAUAAACGAGCCGAUAGUUUCAGAUAUUAUUUCCAAAACAGUUGUGAACCUCUUCAAAAACUAUCCACAAGCGCUGUUCUACGCCUUCAAGGUUGUAGAGUCAGACCUCUUGCUAAAGCUAGUAAGUGUGGAUGAGUCCAAACUAUACAAAGCAUUGCAAAGGCACUGCCAAAGUGCCAACUCAGCCCUCAACUGCUUCGUAGAAUCUCUAGAUUGCUUAGUCGAGCCUGAAUUUAGAUGGAAAUACUGGAUAGAUCUCAUCAAAGAGGCCAUGGGGCGAGGAGACCCCGACAGCAGAUCUAAGGCAGCCCAUUUCGCUAAGCUCAUGAUCUGAAACAUCGCAACUGAAGAGCACAACUUUGUUGGUGCUAAAAUAGGCCAAAUUAAUAGAGAUUUCGCUAAGAAAUAUGCCAAAAAGAUCAUCAGAGCCUUCGGAGAGGAUGGGAGCAAACUUUUGGGAUACACCUACAAUGACUUUGCUGAUAGCAUAAAUUCCACAUAUGAAGAAAUAAAUAGAAGAUUUGACAGUAUUGAGAGUGGGUUAAAUAAGCUAUCCAACUUUUCAGAAUGGCUUGCUUACAGCUACAGUUACUUUGACUACAAACAAUAUAUCGAAAUUCCAGGCCAAUAUGAACAAGAUGAGGAACCUUAUUUAGAAAAUCAUGUUAAAAUAGCAGGUUUCAACAGGAACAUUCUCACGCUCGGAUCAAUGAGGAAGCCAAAACGUCUCACAAUCAAUGGAUCCAAUGAAAAGGAAUACAACUUGCUAGUCAAAGGUGGUGAGGAUUUAAGACUCGACCAAAGAGUUCAGCAAGUCUUCAAGAUAAUGAACAAGUGCUUAUCUGAUAACCCAAACUGUCACAAUAGGAAUCUCAAAAUAUGCACUAUCCAGGUUGUGCCUAUCACUAAUAGAGCAGGUGUUAUUGAAUGGAUCAAUAACACUACUCCAUUAAAGGCUAUGAUUGAGGGCCAGAUGGACGAAGGCAUCUCCAUCUCUAAUUGCCGUGCCACUGCUGCAAUGAGAAAAUUCUUUAACAAAAUUGCCCCAGAUGAAUCUAUCCAUGAGCAGCACAUCGCAGCCCUUGAAUGAAAGAGAGAAGUAGUUGUCCAAAACUACAAGAAUGUUGUAUCCAAAUUAGGAAGAUACCUUCUCAGAGAAGGAUUGAAGAGUAAAUGUAGUACACCUGAGAUCUUCUUGUUCAGAAGAGCUAACUUCAUCAGAUCAUAUGCUUCCUUCUGUAUUGGUAGUUAUAUCCUAGGAAUAGGUGAUAGACAUCUUGAAAACUUCCUAGUCAGCCUAAACUCAGGAAGAGUGUACGGAAUAGACUUUGGAAUCGCAUUUGAUAGUGGAGUGCAACUCGGAGUCCCAGAACUGGCACCUUUCAGGCUGACUCCUCAAAUUUCAGAGUUGAUAAAGCCAUAUCACUUACAUGGAGAUAUGAGGCAUGCUCUCUCAGCGUUAAGAAACAACCAAAACUUGAUAUUGGAUACUUGUGAAAUCUUCAUAAAAGAACCUUUACUUGAAUGGGUCAAAGAAGCCCAGUCCCAAAACUUCGAAGUUGACAAGUAUAAGGAAGAAGAACUAGGAAAGGCUAAAGACACAAAAGAAAAGAUUGAGUGGUAUCCUCAACUAAAGAUCAAUAGAAUGAAAGAGAAAUUGGAAGGCAGAAACAGCGCCAAAAUCAUAAUGAAAGAACUUUCAAAUUCUUCCCAUGCCAAGAAGGAAUAUUUCCAACAGAUCAAACUUGCACUUGUUGGUGUUAAAGGAGAGUACAGGUAUGAAAUCCUUAAGUCCAAGAAGAGGUUCCUAGAUGUAGAUGAGCAAGUGAACUUCUUAAUCCACCAUGCUGAAGAUCCAGAUAUCUUAGGAAGACUCUGGAUCGGAUGGGCACCAUAUGUAUAAAUUUUGCAACAAUAAAUUCUUAGAUAAUAUUUUCAUA